CUUUCCCAUCGUCUUCUUUCCCAGCCCGAAUACGAGCGAGGAUGAUCAUCAAGGCGAGCUAGCUUGGCCGUGAUUCAUGAACCCGUGCCAAGAUCUUGGGGAAGCUGUUUACUGCAUUGCCCAUCGCUCCAUCAGCUCCAUCAGCCGAUGACUUUCCCUCCAUCCGUGGCUUGUUAGGCCUCGAUGUUGGCCAAAGAGGUCCGUCUUAUGGAUAGUCUUGAGCCUCAUGUUGAGCCAUGCCUUCAGUGGUGACUCGUCCGUCCGUCGGGCUAAGGGCAGACAGACCCUGAGGAAACAAGCUCUCGGGGAGGCUGUCACCUUAAUCAGAUUCGUUAUUCCUGGGUGGGUGUUGCACAUACUCGAAAGUUGAUUGGGAACCGUGACAAGUCUUUGCUUUAAUUCUUCACGACACUGCCAUUGAAUUGGGCGAGAAAUCAUCAUCUGAUGUCUUCGUAACCAUAACAAAUCCUGAGCCCCAACUAGGGCCUACCUAUCCGUGGGGCCACGAGAUUGGGUUGAUACGUACUGUGCUCGUGGAUUAACUUAAACAAACAUCGGAUUCGAGACGGAAAACAGCAUUGCCAGCCGUGUUUUCAACAUUGAUCCUCAUCAGCUCAUUUUUUUGUGGUGGAGUGGAAAGGCCUCGAAAGUCAUUUGACCUUCAUUCAACAGUGUGGCUGUGACGGUUCCUUAUAUUCUCGGCUUGGGCGGUGGUGUCGUUGAGGAGACUGGCACCAACCUGAUCAUGAGCAUAUCAUUACCUUGACCUUCGUUCGUGGAGCUUAUCCAUCGUCUGCCUCACCCCACCACAGUUUUCAGCUAUUUUUCCACCCUCAAUUACUCAAAAAAUGGCCAAUCUACUGGAACAUUCCGCCCUGGUCGUGAUAGUCCUGGUCUUGCUGCAAUCCACACCGCUACUUCGCUCCAAAGUUGGGAUUGGUCCCAUCGGACUCGUGGCGGCACAGAACUCGCAAGAUCAAUCCAUGGAUCAACAGGAUGACUCCCAUCUGGGAGAUCCGAAUCUGGUGAAUCCACAAAAUCGUCAGGGCUACGGAAAGAAUGUGCCCACCCAAGUAUUGAAGAAAGAACAGACCAACCGUCCCACCUCACCCAAUGCGACUGCGAAACAGCUGCCGGUGCCGACCAUUGGAGAACAAACGCUGCAGGCAGCGUUUCAACUGGGUGUUUUGGUCGCUGUGUCUUUAUUGGUGGGCAUCAUUUUCUUUGUCAAUGUAGGCAUUGAAAUGGCCUUUGAGGCUCUUUGCAACAAGAUGGAGGAGAUCUUUGGCAGGCAUAAAAUGUCAGACAUAGAAGAGCAGGAUCCGGCAGCGCUCGUUGGUACGUUUAAGCGAUACAAGUGAUAAAAGCCGGACCACCCAUUGACAGCUUCAAGAUCAUCCUCGCCCAAUACUCUCGCGCUCGAGUUUGGACAACCCUAAAUCGCAAAGGUGUGGCCAAUCUCGGUCUCCAUUCAUCAUCGCCAUCGACGACUCUGACCACGUAAUCAGGCAGGCUUGUUGUGCGUGUUCCUCUUGACACAAUUUGGAGAUUGGUUCCUUCCAGACACCCUCAGCCUCCAAGGUUUCAUCUCAUCUCUAGACUGUGAGCCUCGCCAGUUACUACAUGAUCAUCAAUCCCAAUGAAAAGAAGAAUGUGAUAGGAUCAUGACAAAUAAAUUUGUUUUGCUCAAAGGAUAA